AGACGUGGAAAACGUCUAAACGGAAAUGUCUAGGGUUUCCUCCAUAGCAAGCUAAAGCUACAUUGUGCACUAUUGUUAUUUAGCAAUAGUAAAUAUAUUAGCUACCAAUAUCAUUUCUAACAAGGUUUGAAGUUAGAUAGUUACGUUGUAUCAUUAGACUCACAUCUGUUAUUUUCACUUUUAACGUGCUCUUGCUGCAAGCAACGUUUUAGCCUGCUAGCUAGAAUGACAAGUAGGAUAGACUACAGCGUGUGGGACCACAUUGAGGUUUCAGAUGAUGAAGAUGACACUCAUCCAAACAUCGAUACACCCAGCCUUUUCAAAUGGAGACAUGAGGCGCGUGUGGAACGAAUGGACCAGUUCAUAAAGGCUGGGGAGGACCUGGAGAAGGGGCUAGCUGAAUCUAAGCGCAAGUUGACUGAAGCACAGAAGAAGACCAAGAAUCUGUCCAGUUCAGUCACGGACGAUGCCAAAGCCGAGCUGAGCAAGGCACAGGCCGAGGAGAAGAGGCUGAAGAAGGAGGAGCGGGACUGGGAGAAGAAACUGGAGGACCACCGGCGGGAAGAGAAGAAGAUGCCAUGGAAUGUAGACACACUCUGCAAGGAGGGUUUCAGCAAGAGUGUUAUGAAUGUUAAGCCAGAUGUGAAGGAGGAGACUGAGGAGCAGAAAGAGCAGAAACACAAGACCUUUGUGGAGAAGUAUGAGAAAGAGAUCAAACACUUUGGUAUGAUGAAACGCUGGGACGACAGCCAGAAGUACCUAUCAGACAACCCUCACCUGGUGUGUGAGGAGACGGCCAACUACCUAGUCAUCAUGUGCAUUGACCUGGAGGUGGAGGAGAAGAAAGCGCUGAUGGAGCAGGUGGCCCACCAGACCAUAGUGAUGCAGUUCAUCCUGGAGCUGGCUAAGAGCCUGAAGGUGGAUCCCCGCGGUUGCUUCCGUCAGUUCUUCGACAAGAUAAAGACUGCAGAUCAGCAGUAUCAGGAUGCCUUCAAUGAUGAGCUGGAGUCCUUUAAGGAGAGGGUGCGCGGCAGGGCCAAGAUCCGCAUCGAGAGGGCCAUGAAGGAGUACGAAGAGGAGGAGAGACAGAAACGCCUGGGGCCCGGAGGACUGGAUCCUGCCGAGGUGUACGAGUCCUUACCUGAGGAGAUGCAGAAAUGUUUUGACGAGAAGGACAUUGCCAUGUUGCAGACUGUCAUCACGAAGCUGGACCCAACGGAGGCUAAGGUCCACAUGAAGAGAUGCAUUGACUCUGGGCUCUGGGUCCCUAACUCACGGGCAGACGAGGGAGAUGACAAGGAGGAGGACGCUACUUAUGAAGAGCUGAAUAAGGAGAUGGGCGAACAGAAGAUAGAAUGAUUGACAUGAAUUGACUUUACGAUGAUGAUAUUUUCAUCUAUGUAGUCGUCACUUCUAUUGCUACUCCCAAUGUUUUUUCAUGAAUUUCUCCUUAACGCUUUGGAACAAUGUAACCUCUCUGUGGUGAUGUCCACUCUUUGUGGACAACAAUAUCACACCAAUAUCACUUGCUGAAUGCUCUUCUUUUUUAAAAACAAUUCUUGCUUGGGCCUUAUUAGUAAAGCUGUAUUCUUAAACGUG